UGCUACCUCUUAUCGUUUCUGCCCUGGGAGUCUGGUCAGUGCUGACAGGCAAGGCGUAAAGUAGCGGUAAAGCUGCACCGAAGAAUGUGUACAAACCCGUUGUAAGGCAGCAAAAGCAUUAGUCCUAUAUAAAAUGAUGGAGAUGCAGCAUCAGGAGUCUUUGGGGAGAUGGGAUGGGCUGAGCAGCCGGGAUGCCUCCUCCAGAGCUGAAGCGAUGGAGUUCAUCUGCCAGGAGGUCAUGAGGAAAGUGGAAGCUAUCGAACCCAAAAAGGCCGCAACCCCUGCCCUAGGAAGCUCUCCCAACAGCGACCUGAACGACAUCCUGGUUCACCUUCUCAUGCUCUCCAGACGGUGCCCGUUUGAAGAUGUCAGAGGGCGCUGCACUCAGCUCCUGCGAGACAUCCAGGAUUUAGGCAUAAGGAUCCCAAGACCCCUAGGAAGCGGACCAAGCAGAUUUAUCCCUGAAAAAGAGAUUCUUCAAGUCAGUAAAGUGGACGCCAGUACGCAGGCGAUAUUUGAGGAUGCAUUUGCAGCCCUCCAUCGGCUGGACAACAUUUCCCUCGUGAUGAGCUUCCACCCACAGUACCUGGGGAGCUUUCUCCGGACGCAGCACUAUCUGCUGCAGAUGGACGGACCCCUGCCUUUGCACUAUAGGCACUACAUCUGCAUUAUGGCGGCUGCUCGCCACCAGUGCUCCUACCUGGUCAACCUGCACGUGAAUGACUUCCUUCAGGUCGGGGGGAACACCAAGUGGUUGAAUGGCCUGAACGAAGCGCCGCAGAAGCUGCAGCAGCUCGGGGAGAUCAACAAAAUCCUAGCCCACCGUCCGUGGCUUCUCACCAAGGAGCACAUCGAGCGCCUCCUGAAGACCGAGGAGCACAGCUGGUCCCUGGCAGAGCUCAUCCACGCCGUAGUCCUGCUCACCCACUACCACUCCCUCUCCUCCUUCACCUUCGGCUGCGGCAUCAUGCCAGAGAUCAACUGCGAUGGCGGACACACGUUCAGACCGCCCUCCGUUAGCCAGUACUGUGUGUGCGACAUAGCCAACGGCAACGGCCACGCCAAUCACCACGACGAUUUGCUGGGCAAUCAGGAGAUGUGCGGUGAGGUGGAAGAGCUGAUGGAGAGGAUGAAGCAGCUGCAGGAGUGCCGUGACGACGAAGAGGCCAGCCAGGAGGAGAUGGCCACUCGCUUUGAAAGGGAGAAGACGGAAAGCAUGCUGGUGGUCACGUCGGAGGACGAGGAGUGUGUCCCCUCCAGAGACAUCUCCCGUCACUUUGAGGACACCAGCUACGGCUACCAGGACUUCUCCAGGAGGGGGGAGCAGGUGCCCACGUUCAGAGCGCAGGACUACAGCUGGGAGGACCAUGGCUUCUCUCUGGUCAACAGACUGUAUCCUGAUGUGGGCCAGAUGCUGGACGAGAAGUUUCAGAUGGCCUACAACCUCACAUACAACACCAUGGCCACACAUAAGGAUGUGGACACGAGCAUGCUGCGCAGAGCCAUUUGGAACUACAUCCACUGCAUGUUUGGCAUCAGGUAUGACGACUAUGAUUAUGGGGAGAUAAAUCAGCUUCUGGACCGCAGCUUUAAGAUCUACAUCAAGACCAUGGUGUGCAGCCCUGAGAAGACCACCAAAAGAAUGUAUGAGAGUUUCUGGAGGCAGUUUCAGCACUCCGAGAAGGUCCCCGUUAAUCUGCUUCUUAUGGAAGCACGGAUGCAAGCAGAACUGUUAUACGCUCUGAGAGCGAUCACCCGCUACAUGACAUGAAGUGCUUUUGGCGUUUUUACUGUCGUCUUUGCUCUUUCUGGAACACUUCAAGAAAAA